GUCUUUCAUACUAAACUAUAUCUUUGUCACACUAAGUUUGCUUCCUCUUCCUUGACGCUUAAAAAAACUUCAAAGUCUUUUUGUUUGUCAGUGGUUUUGUGAUGCGUACAGGGGCUUAUACCGUGCACCAGACGCUAACACCAGAGGCUGCUUCAGUUCUGAAGCAAUCUCUAACCUUAGCAAGAAGAAGAGGCCAUUCUCAGGUCACACCUCUUCACGUCGCUUCGACGCUUUUAACCUCCACAAGAUCAAAUCUUUUUCGAAGGGCAUGUCUCAAAUCUCAUCCUCUCACAUCCCUCGGUCGCCAAAUAGCUCACCCUUCUCUCCAUUGCCGAGCCCUCGAGCUCUGUUUCAACGUUUCCCUCAACAGGCUUCCCACCGAUCCAAACCCUCUGUUUCAGACUCAGCCUUCUCUCUCCAACGCCUUGGUCGCAGCUCUGAAGAGAGCACAGGCUCACCAGAGGAGAGGGUGCGUGGAGCAGCAGCAGCAGCAGAGCCAGCAGAACCAACCGUUCUUGGCGGUUAAAAUCGAGCUAGAGCAGCUCGUUGUCUCGAUUCUUGAUGAUCCUAGUGUGAGCAGAGUGAUGAGAGAAGCUGGACUCUCUAGUGUGUCCGUGAAGAGUAACAUAGAGGAUGACUCCUCUGUUGCUUCCCCUGUUUUCUACGGCUCUUCUUCCUCCGUUGGUGUAUUCUCUUCUCCUUGCUCUCCUACUUCUAGUGAUAACAAUCAAGGAGAAGGGACUUUAAACCCUAACCCUAAUAAGUUCUGGCAGUCUCAUCAUCACUCCUUUCAUUUCCCUAAAGGAAAGAACUCUACUCAAGAUCAAGACGCAAACCCAGUCAUCGAAGUGCUUAUAGGGAAGAAGAACAGCAAGAAGAGGAACACAGUCAUAGUUGGAGACUCUCUGUCUCUAACAGAAGGAAUAGUUUCAAAACUCAUGUCUAGAGUUGAGAGAGGAGAAGUUCCAGAUGAUUUAAAGCAAACCCACUUCAUCAAGUUUCAGUUUUCUCAAGUUGGGUUGAGUUACAUGAAGAAGGAGGAUAUAGAGGGACAAGUCAGAGAGCUGAAGAGGAAGAUUGAUUCUUACACUUCUUGGGGUGGCAAAGGUGUGAUUGUUUGUCUUGGUGAUCUGAACUGGGCGGUGUGGAGCGGUCCUAAGAGCGCGUCUUCAUCGCAUUACAGCGCGGCGGAUCAUCUAGUGGAGGAGAUAGGGAGGUUGGUUUUUGAAUGUAGCAACUCAGGAGCUAAAGUUUGGCUAUUGGGGACAGCUUCUUACCAAACGUACAUGAAGUGUCAGAUGAAGCAGCCUCCACUUGAUGUUCAAUGGGCUCUUCAAGCUGUUUCAGUUCCUUCAGGAGGACUCUCACUAGCCCUCCAUGCUUCCAGUGGUAACCAAGUAAUGGAGAUGAAGCCUUUCAGAGUUAAAGAAGAAGAAGAGGAAGAAGAUAAACUCAGUUUUUGCGGAGAAUGUGCUUGUAACUAUGAGAAAGAAGCAAAAGCUUUUAUAUUAGCUCAACAUAAACUCUUACCACCGUGGCUGCAACCUCAUGGUGAUGCCAACAACAUUAACAAAAAGUUUCAGGAUGAACUGAGUGGACAGAGGAAGAAAUGGAACCGGUUCUGUCAAGAUCUUCACCACAAGAAACAGAGCAACUCUGUUUUACCGGAUGCCUUUGUGGACUCACGUGCAUCUAGUUCUGUGGCUAAGUUCAGACGACAAAACUCGUGUACUAUCGAGUUUAGUUUCGGGAGUAAUCAUCAAGAAGGUCUAAAGAAGAAUCUAACCGAUGAACUGAGUUUGGAUGGGUUCAAGAUUAGCAAUGAUGAAGGUGUGGAGACCAAGAUUACUCUUGCACUUGGCCAUUCUCCGUUUCCAUCUGAUGUAGAGAAAGAAGAAGAAGAGACAGAGAGAGAGAUUACAAUGAGACAAUUAUCAGAGAAGCUUCACGAGAACAUUCCAUGGCAACGACAAGUUCUUCCUUCAGUGGUUGAAGCCAUGGAAGAAUCUGUAAAGAGGAGAGAUGUUUGGAUGCUUCUUUCAGGAAACGACGUGACUGCGAAAAGAAGAUUGGCUCUUACAAUCGCAACUUCUCUUUUCGGGUCAGUCGAAAACAUGCUGAAGAUUAAUAUGAGAACAUCCAAGGCAGGUGAAGUGUGCGAGGAGCUGGAGAAGGCGUUGAAGGACAGAGAAAAGGUUGUUGUUUUGAUAGAGAGAGUUGAUUUAGCCGAUGCCCGGUUCGAGAAGCUCCUCGUUGAUCGAUUCGAGGCUGGAGAUUUGGAUGUUUCUCAAGGAAAGAAGAGACAAAUGAUCUUCCUUUUGACGAGAGAAGAUGAAGAAUGUGUAGAGAAGGAGCAUGUUGUCAUACCAAUGAUGUUGAAGUGUAAGAAAUCAAGUUCUAGUUUGGUCAACCACAAGAGGAAAGCAGAAUCUGAUGCUACGCUGACGAUGAUUAAGACGAAGAGUCCAAGAAUCCAAGAGGAGGAGGAUGUGUCUUGCAACACAAGCAACAUCAAGAAUGAGUUCUCAAGGCAGUUGAGUUUGGGAUCAAAUAUUCUAGACCUCAACUUAAGAGUUGAUGCUGAAGAAGAAGAAGCUAAACCGGUCACUCCAAUCUCAAGCGGGUUUGAAGAACGUUUUCAAGGCUCGAUCAAGAACCGGUUUGAUUUCACAGUUUUGUCGAACGAAGAUAUAACUGAUUUUUUCAUGGCGAAGAUCAAAGAUUCGUUCGAGGAGAUUCUCGGGCAGCAGGAAGAGAGAUUCGGGUUCACCGUCGAUGCGGAGUUGAUCGAGAAGUUCUACAAAGGGUGUGGGGUUUUUGCUAACAGUUUGUUCGAAGAGUGGGUGAAAGAGGUUUUUCAAACGGGCUUAGUAACGGUCAAAAACGGCGGGAAAGAGGGCAUUAGUGUAAUUAACCUAUGUUUGGGAGGUAUAGAUAUGAUUGACCAAGGGGAGAAGGUAUACGAGGAGGAAGGUUUCAUGGGCACUUGUCUACCCAGUAGAAUCCAUGUUUUCUUUGAUGAAUGUAGUGGAAACUGGAAAUGACAAUAUGCUAAAGAGUGACACAAGAAAUCGAGUUCUAGUUUGGUCAGCCACAAGAGGAAACAUGAAUUUGAUGUUGCACCGACGCUGAUUAAGACGAAGAAUCCAAGAGGAGGAGGAUGUGGCUUGCGACACGAAACAACAUCAAGAAAGAGUUCCCAAGAAAGUUGAGAUUGGGUCAAAUGCUCUAGACCUAAACUCAAGAGUUGAUGCCG